GAAGACCUUAACUUCUUCGACGGCUCGCUCUAUCGCCCCGCUAUAGCUAGAAAACCUAUCGCUUACCGUAUACUACUAGAUUAUAGAGUAGUUAAUAUAAAAGGGUACGAUAUAGUACUCGGUAACGACUUCCUAUACGAGUAUAACCCCUACAUAGCGGAUAGCUAUAUACUUAGUAAGGAAGAGAAAGGGACGUUAAACUUACUAUUAAAGAGGGAGGUCCGCCGUACGUAG